AUGCACUCCGUCUAUUUUGAUUCAGCUACCUCGUCUAUACAUGUCACCGAUGAGAAGGCAAUUAGGGCACUUUGGGAAAUGGGCUUCUUCGGCAAGGGAAGCCUUAGCAGGAGUGAGCCCAGCUGGUUGGAGCGGGAGAAGAAGAAGAGGGGUCUUGCUGGUCAGAAAACAAGCGAGGAAAUCACUCGAAAACGGAGGGAAGAGCGUCGUGAAAUGAAGCUCGAACGAGCUAGAAAAGAGCAAGAAGCUAUUAUGCAGCAGCUGAAAGUUGAAGCUGCCAACGGCAACCCAGUAGCUCAGCAACAGCUCGCCAACGGCACCCCUGUGACUGUCAAUGGCCCGGCGGACACAUCCACCACACCUCAGACCAAUGGGCCAGCCCAUAAAGAGGCCGCAUCACAGCCUGAUAUGGGGUUGACGACGGAGGAGGACGUCUCCGAUCCCAAGCAACCCACUCCGAAUGGGACCAAGACAGUCCGCUUCUCACCUGUUGUCGAGAAGAAAGAAAUACCCAAAGCCGAGUAUGCUUCUACGAAUCAUCAACUGAUGAAUGAAGUAGACUCUUUCGAGGAAACUCUCACCAACGAAGAGCAUCUGCAGCUUUCGAACGAAGAAACUUUUUUCCUCGCCUACGGCCUGGGAGCUGUCCAAGUGUUCGAUGAUGCCAGUGGAUCGGUGAUUCCAACAAGAUCGCUUCUGAACCUUUUCGCACAGCACUCAACGUUUCCGUCCAGCGCAGACUCGGCCAUUCUCGAGCCAGAUAAUCAGUUCCUGGUAUCUUACGUGGCUUACCAUCACUUUCGAUCUCUUGGUUGGAUUGUUCGAUCCGGAGUCAAAUUCGGUGUAGACUAUUUACUCUACAACCGUGGGCCGGUAUUUGCACAUGCUGAAUUCGCUCUGCUGGUGUUGCCGUCGUACGAACAUCUUUUCUGGUCUGCUACUGCAGAGCGCCGGGAGCGAAUUGCCAAAAAGCAAGAUCGGAGUUGGUGGUGGUUACACGGAGUAAACCGUGUCCAAGCACACGUCAUGAAAACACUUGUGCUAUGCUUCGUUGAUAUCCCCCCGCCCUCGGAGUCGUUCUCAACCAACAAUAUUGGAGAGAUUUUGAGACAAUACAAGGUCCGAGAGAUGAUCAUCAAGCGCUGGACACCAAAUCGCGCGCGAGACUAG